AUGGAGUGUGAUGCGGACCGCGGUAAUGGUAAAGAGUCCGACGAAAAUCAGGCAACACGUGAUAAUUAUGACGAUAAAUAUUUCUUUUAUGUGAAGAGAAUUAGAGAGCCGGAAUACUUUAGUGACAUUGAUUUGGAUAGUGAUGACAGUGGUGCAGAUAGCAAUAAUCAGGCAACGCGUGACAAUCACGAUGAUAGGUAUUUCUUUUAUGUGAAGAGAAUUAGACAGCCGGAAUACUUUGGUGACAUUGAUUUGGAUAGUUAUGACAGUGAUACAGAUAGCAAUAUCAGUGAUGACAGUACCACGUACAUGGAGUAUGAUGCGGACAGCGGUAAUGGUAAAGAGUCCGACGAAAAUCAGGCAACACGUGAUAAUUAUCAUGACAGAUAUUUCUUUUAUGUGAAGAGAAUUAGACAGCCGGAAUACUUUGGUGACAUUGAUUUGGAUAGUGAUGAAAGUGAUGCUGAUAGCAAUAUUAGUGAUGACAGUAACACGGACACAGAGUGUGAUGCGGACAGUGGUAAUGGUACAGAGUCCGACGAAAAUCAGGGAACAAGUGAAAAUGAUGAUUUUGAUGACGAUUCAGAUAGCAACCUCAGUAUCUUCAAUGAUACGGACACGGAGUGUGAAACGGAUAAGGACAGCACUGACGGCGAAGAGGACGAUAAUCAGGAAAUAAUUGAUGAUGAUGACUACUUUGUGAACAGUGACGGAGAGAUAGAAUUGUAUGACAGUGAUUUGGAUGACGAUGACCGUGAUUCAGAUAGCAAUAUCAGUGAUGAUAGUGAUACGGACCCGGAGUGCGACACGGACAGUGGUCACGACAGUGAUUUAUAA